AUGGCCUCACACCAUGUCUCCAAAAUCUUUAUUAUCGGUGGCACAGGAGUCCAAGGAGUUCCUAUCGUUACAGCGCUGGUAAAUGACAAGAAGUAUCAAGUUCGGGUUUUAACUCGGGAUACUUCUUCUCGCCGCGCCAUUGAGCUUCUCGCUCUGGGCAAUGUGGAACUGCUUCAGGGCACUCUCGACAAUGAACAGACUCUUCGUGACGGCUUCAAGGACUGUGAUGGAGCAUUUGUCAACAUCGACGGGUUUCACACGGGCGAGAAGGCUGAGAUGUACUGGGCCAUUCGCACAUAUGAGAUUGCUAUUGAGGAAGGUGUCAAAUUCUUUGUAUACGGCAGCCUCCCCUAUGCACUUAAGCUAGGAGGGUAUGACUCAAAGUUUAACGCCGGACAUAUGAAUGGGAAAGGGAGAGUUGGACAAUGGAUUCUCUUCCAAAAUAUCGACAACAAGGAUAGAAUGGGCGCAAGUCUUUUCACAGUGGCUCCAUAUAUCGACAUGACUAUUGGUGCUCAAACCGUCAUGACGCCAACCAUUGAGGACGGGACUCUUACCUGGCGCGUUCCACUCGGUGAGAGUCGUAUGCCGUUGAGCUACCUCGAGGAUUGUGGCUAUUAUGUCCGUUGGCAAUUCGAUAACCCUGAGCGUGCCAGCGGUAUGGAUCUUGUAACUGCGAUGGAGCAUAUCAGUUUCAAAGACUUAGCUACUGCAUUUGAGAGUGUUACAGGUCAUAAAGCACAGUAUAUGGAUGUAUCAUUGGAUGAGUACUGGACCACGGGGGCCUUGUCAAAAGUUGCACACUCACCAGUGGGCGCUGGAGUUGAUCCAAAGGAUCCCAAUACGAUGACUACGCAACAAAAUUUUACUGGAUUCUGGAACGCGUUUAAACAUGAGCUAUUCAAGGUAGACUAUGCUCUUCUAGAUGAAAUUUAUCCGGAGAGAGUCAAAAGCGCAGAAGAUUGGUUCCGUCAACAGGACAAGGUAUUGCAAAGCUCUGGCAAGGGAAAUCUCUGGGAUAGAGUCCAACCCGAGAACAUCUGGCCGGUUCUGAAGCGAGGGGAAGAUGGAGGAAAGAAGUAA